UCUCAAACUCCACAGCUCUCCAUCACCUCUCCUCGUUCAGUGGUCGUUUGUUCGAAUCCCAUUACAGCCAGACAAGGAGAAGAAAGUUGGAGAACAAGAUCUUCAAGCAGCCAUUACAGCCAAGCAGAGCAGCAGAGUAGAGCAGCAUUACAGUGGUACUAUAUUCGAAUCCCAAAAUGGCCAGAUCUGCAAUAGUAUUGGUUGUUCUCAUGGCCCUAGUGGCGUUUUCUUCACAGCAGGCUCCUACAGCAACACCCACAACUUCCCCUGCACCUAAGGCUGCGGCCCCUGUUACCACCGCUACUCCUCCAACCACCACCGCCACACCUCCCACCACCACCGCCACACCUCCCACCACUGCCACUCCUCCCACCACCAAAGCCACACCACCAGCAGUAGCCCCAGUUGUCUCCUCUCCCCCAACCGCCACUCCACCCACCGUCUCCACCCCUCCCACCGCUACACCCCCUACCGCUACACCACCCGCCGCCACUCCCCCUGCCGCUACUCCACCCGCCGCCACCCCCCCCGCCGCCACUCCUCCCGCCGCCCUUACCCCUACCGCCGCCACUCCUGUCGUUGCCACUAGCCCUUCUGCAUCACCCGUCGCAAGCCCACCCAUGCCGACUUCUGCUGGUGUUUCUCCUGCUGGUUCCCCCGGGGAAGCUGCCACCAGUGGCGGAUCUAUGAUCACUCUGGAGAAAAUGGCGGUUUUUGCAGCUGCUGGUGCCGCAGGAUUGUUCCUUUUCUAAACUCCGGGAUCGCCGCCACUUAGUGUGUGUUUCUUUUUUGGGUUAGUUUCGUUUCAGUAGUAGCUUAGAAUUUAGAUCCGACAUUAUUAUUUUGUGUGUGUUCCAUCUGUCAGAUCACACAACAUUGCCUGGUUAGUUUUUUCUGCAUAAAAAGACAUCUUUUAUUGUUGUUGAUGUUGUUAUUAGAUCGACAUUGAUGUUAUUAUUAUUCUUUUGUCUCUGUUCCACUCUGUGGGAGCUUUGAAAUCCAUUGUUGAGUCCUCCCUCCAUGGUUGUAUGAUAUGGAUCACUUGUUUAUGGGUUUUAUGUAGAGACUAUUUUGAUGAUUUUUCGGAAUAAAUUUAUCUGCAUUUUGGAAAUAA